UGAGCACAGCAGUCAGGGAGGAGGGAGAGAAGCGAGCCUGCCAAAUAUCUGGUGUUAAAGGGUCUGUUACUAUUGAUUUAUGGCGCGGAGCCCCCUCCUUCUCUCCCCACCUAGCACAUUCAGCCCUCCCCUGGUAAAUCCCACCCUCUCCUCUGUGUGCCCAAGCAGGGUCUUCACACAUUUAUAAGAAGCUUGUUGCGCUCUUCAUACUAGCAGAGCUCGGUUAAAGAAGUCCGUCUCAGGCAAAGCUUAAGAAUGGCAAACAGGAGAGGGGGGCUGAAGCGAGGUGGUGCAUAGGUGGUUAAACAAAACAAAACAAAAGGUAGGGAACGCAUUGAGGACAGGAAGGGGACAUUUUCGGCACAGAUACAGAGGAAGAAAUGAAAAAGCAAAGCGCGCGUAGAAGCCGAAGGGUACAGGUACAGCGAAGCUGAGGGGAGGAGGCAAAGCCUGACAGAAUAUUUCAAGUUCUUAGCGCCACAGGACAAGUUGAAACAAGGGUUAAAUCCCUUCACACCGAGGAAGGGGGGGGAGAGAGCAGAGCACACACUGCUCCUUCCACCCCCAGGGCGCACUCCCCCCUCCUGUGCUGUGUGCUUUGGAGAGGAAGACAGUUACCCCUGUAGGGGCACUGGGUGAAGCACUGUGUAUUCAGUUGUGCUGGGUGAACAUGCCUUUCCUUUGGCUUUUAUGGAUCCUUUGCAGUUACAGCUGUGCUCAGGACAGACCCGGCUAUUUGAUAGUGGCCCCGUCAGUUUUCCGCUCUGGUGUGGAGGAAGCGGUCAGCAUCACCAUCUUUAAUGCAGCUGCAGAGACCAAAGUGCAGUUGCAGCUGGUGGUCAAAGGAGAAACAGUGGCUCACAGUCAUGGGUCUGUGUUUGAUAAAGGGACCAUUAAGAUUCAGGUUCCUCAUGGAAUUCGAGGUCAAGCUCAUCUAAAAGUUUGGGGAAACCGGCAUCUGACUGACAAUGGAUUUAUAUUCCAUAACUCUACCACAGUUACUGUGGAUAGCAAAGGAUCAUCUGUAUUCAUACAAACUGACAAACCUGUAUAUAAACCCAAGCAGAAAGUUCUUAUCAAUAUGUAUACGGUGACUCCUGAUCUUCGUCCAGCCAGGGAAAAGAUUAAUGCUUAUAUCCUGGACCCUCGAGGCUCUAGGAUUAUUCAGUGGAAUGAUUUGAAACCAAUCUGUUGUGGUGUUGUUAACAUGAGUUUCCCUCUGUCCGACCAACCUGUCUAUGGGGAUUGGUUAAUAUUUGCAGAGACACAAGGUCACAUCUACAACAAGUCAUUUGCAGUGCAGAAAUAUGUGUUACCAAAAUUUGAGCUGGUCAUCUCCCCACCACCAUACAUUCGGGAUAUUGGCACCUGUGAGAAGGGUUUUGUUACAGCAAGGUACACAUUUGGCAAGCCUGUGGGUGGCAUGUUGAUAAUCAAUAUGACCGUUACCGGAGUUGGGUACUAUAGACAUGAGAUUGGACACCAAGUUCUCAAGACAUUGGAGAUUUAUGGCUCAGCUGAGUUUGAUAUCUGCGCCAAGGACAUGAUGCCAGUAGAUUUUCCUGAACAUUUUAGAGGGGCUGUGAAUAUUUGGGCUACAGUAACUUCAGUGGAUGGCAGCAAACAAGUUACCUUUGAUGACACCACCCUGGUUCAGAAGCAACUGAUUGACAUCAAAUAUACCAAGGACACGCGCAGACAAUUCAAACCAGGCUUGCCCUACCAAGGGAAGGUGGAAGUAAUAUAUCCUGACGGUAGCCCUGCAGAUGGUGUCAGUGUGCGUAUCAAAGCUGAACUCACCCCAAAGGACAAUGUCUACAUCAGUGAGCUUGUGUCCAAAAAUGGCUUAGUGGAGUUCCAGAUUCCAUCUAUCCCCACGGGAGCCCACUAUGUGUGGCUGGAGUCUAAAGUAACAGCCAUCGAUGGUAAACCAGUAGGUGACCAGUAUCUGCCCAACUAUUUGUCCAUAAGCAGCUGGUACUCUCCAAGCAAAUGCCACCUUCUACUACAGCCUCCAGAGAAUCCAUUGCUGGUUGGAGAUGAGGCUUGGAUUGCUUUGAAAUCCACCUGUCCGUGCAAUUUCACUCUGCACUACGAGGUGGCAUCUCGUGGAAACAUUGUGCUCUCAGGGCAUCAGCCUGGUAACCUCACUCAGCACAGGAGCAGGAGAUCAAUGCCGGUGACAUUUAACAAGGAUGUCCAUGGAACAGCUGCAUCAGGGUCAGCUUCCACACAGCCCGCGCCUGAAGACCCAGAGGCUUGGGUGACAUAUGUACACUUUCAAAUUACUCACAAUAUGGCCCCUUUAAGCCGGCUUCUUAUUUACUAUGUGCGUGAGAAUGGAGAGGGGGUAACUGACAGUGCUCAGAUACUAGUUAAGCCAGCUUUUGAGAAUCAGGUAUCACUGGCCCUCUCUCACAAUGACUCCAAACCUGGUGAUGUAGUGGAUAUUAAAGUGAAGGCUGCUAGGGGGAGUUGUGUGUGUGUUGCCACCGUGGAUAAGAGUGUCUAUCUUGUACGCAAUGGUUUCCAGAUCACACCUGAACAGAUAUUCCAGGAGCUGGGGGAGUUUGAUGUUUCUGAUGCAUAUGGGACUGGAAAGGAUGAAGGACAUUUCUGGUGGCCUGGACUGGGCUCACUGAGGAGAAGGCGUUCCUCGGUGUUUCCCUGGCACUGGGACAUUACCAAGGAUGCACGAUUUGCUUUCACAGAGGCAGGACUAGUUGUAAUGACAGAUGUUGUGAGUCUCAAUCAUCGCCAAAGUGGGGGGAUGUACACAGAUGAAGCCGUGCCAGCCUUCCAGCCUCAUACAGGAACAAUAGUGGGUUCAUCCUACUCUAGGAUUGCUCCUAGAACUGAGAAACGAAAGAGGACUUUCUUCCCAGAAACCUGGGUAUGGCAUUGCUUCAAUGUCAGUGAUGCCACUGGUGAAGGAGAGCUGCGUGUAGAAGUUCCUGACUCUAUCACCACAUGGAUAAGUGAGGCAAUUGGAAUGUCUGAAGAGAAAGGCCUUGGUGUUGCCAAAUCCACCCAUCUGAAAACCUUCAAGCCCUUCUUUAUUGACUUCACACUGCCCUACUAUGUUAUACGAGGGGAGCAAGUCAAAAUACCUCUAACAGUCUACAAUUAUUUGCCCUUCAGUGCAGAGGUGCACAUAAAAAUCGCUGUCCCAAAAGGCAUUAAGUUUGUGGGAUAUCCUGGGAAGCAAUAUCUGAUCCGAAAGCUGUGUGUUGCUUCAGGGGAAACUAAACCAACAUCAGCUGUCUUCUCUUUUACCGAACUGGGACAGGCAAACAUUUCAGCCAGAGCUGUGGCAUAUGGGAGCUUUAGUUGCCCAGAGGGGUCAAAUGGCAUGAAAAACAGCAAAUAUACAGAAGACCCAUACACAGAAAGGAAGGUUCCAUCUGGCAGUGACUUUGUUCGAAGAAGCGUGAUGGUUGAGCCAGAGGGUUUAGCCCGUGAAUACACAUACAGUGUCUUCUUCUGUCCGAAUGAGAAAAUUCAGAUUUCCACUCCCAACAAAUUUGAAUAUCAGUAUGUACAGAAGCCACAGCGAAUGACUCAUUUUGAACUGACUAUAAAGGCUCACAACGAUGCCCAUGUGGCUCUGUCCUCUGGACCCCAUGACAUGGCAGAGAUGAUAGAGAUUGUUAUUGGGGGACAACAUAACUCCAAAACAUGGAUCUCUACAAGCAAAAUGGGAGACCCAGUGUCCAGCACAAACACUGCUUCCAUUUUAUCCUGGGAUGAGUAUCGAGCAUUCUGGAUAAGCUGGAGAAAUGGCGUCAUACAGGUAGGACACGGAACUCAGUGCUCCAAUGACUCUGUUAUCGUGGAGUGGACAGCGGCAAGGCAGCCGGACGUGAAGUUCAUCGGUUUUUCCACCGGCUGGGGCUCCAUGGGGGAAUUUAAAAUAUGGCGGAAGGAAGAGACAGAUGAGAACCACAAUGAGGCUUUCACCCUGGGGGUCCCACACAAUGUCAUUCCAGGGUCCGAGAGAGCCACGGCAUCCAUUAUAGGAGACGUUAUGGGACCUACAGUGAGUAACUUGGAUAACCUCCUCCGGCUCCCAUUUGGAUGUGGGGAGCAGAAUAUGAUUCAUUUUGCCCCUAAUGUUUUUGUUCUAAAGUACCUUCAGAAGACUAGACAGCUCUGCUCUGAAGUAGAAAGUGAAGCUGUGGAUUACCUAGUACAAGGAUACCAACGCCAACUCACCUACAAAAGGCAAGAUGGGUCAUAUAGUGCUUUUGGAGAGAGAGACUCAUCUGGGAGUAUGUGGCUCACUGCAUUUGUUCUGAAAUCAUUUGCUCAGUCCCGAGGCUUCAUCUUCAUUGAUCCAGAAGAACUCUCUGCUGCCAAAGACUGGAUCAUUCAGCACCAAAAGAAAGAUGGCUCUUUCCCAGCCAUGGGCCGAAUCUUAAACAAGGACAUCCAGGGUGGUAACCAUGGGAAAAUUGCCCUGACAGCUUAUGUUGCAGCUGCUCUCCUGGAAACUGGAAUCACAUCUGAAGAAGAAAGAGUUGCAGUUUCCAAAGCCAAGUUAUUUUUAGAGUCCCACUUGUUUUCAGCAGAUGACCCUUACACUACAGCAUUAACUGCAUAUGCCCUGACUCUCCUCCGCAGCACCUAUGCUCCUAUGGCCCUCCGUAAACUGAAUGGGAUGGCUAUAACGCAAGAUGGCUUCACACACUGGAGUUUAACUGGGACCAUGGCAGUAGAGGAGGAUACAUUCAUGGGAUUUAAUGAUGGUCUUUCUCAAUCAGUGGUAUCAGCAGAGGUUGAAAUGACUGCUUAUGCCCUAUUGACAUACGCCCUUCUUGGAGAUGUGGCUUCUGCCCUACCUGUAGUUAAGUGGCUUUCACAACAACGCAAUGCACUUGGAGGAUUUUCAUCCACACAGGACACUUGUGUAGCUCUUCAAGCCCUUGCAGAGUAUGCAAUCCUUUCCUAUGUUGGUGGUGUUAACCUCACAAUAUCUUUGGCAUCAACCAACCUAGAUUAUCAGGAAACCUUUGAGCUUAACUAUCUGAACAAGAAGAUAUUGCAGACGGCCAUGAUUCCCAGCAUUCCAACUGGCUUGUUUGUCAGCGCAAAAGGUGAAGGCUGCUGCCUAAUGCAGAUUGACGUCCAUUACAAUGUUCCAGAUCCUGUAACCAAACCUGCCUUCCAGCUCACAGUCCAUCUAAAAGAGCCUAAACCUGCAAGAGAGAGGAGAUAUGCUGGACGCCCAGAAACUCUUCUAAGGGACCAUGCACUCCCUGAUGAUGAUGAUCCAAGUUCUCACCAAGACCACCAGGAGUACAAAGUAACUCUGGAGGCCUGCACCAGGUGGCUUCACACAGGUGCUUCUAACAUGGCCGUGCUUGAAUUCUCCCUGUUAUCAGGCUUCCGAGCAGAUAUUGUAAGCUUAGAGCAGUUACUUAUGAACAAGCAGAUCGGAUUAAAACGUUAUGAAGUCGAUGGAAGAAAAGUCUUGUUCUACUUUGAUGAGAUACCCAGUCAGUGCAUGACCUGUGUACGGUUUCAUGCAUUCAGGGAAUAUAUUGUGGGAAAAACUGCACCAGUUCCCAUCAAAAUUUAUGACUACUAUGAACCAACAUUCGAAGCCACCAGAUUCUAUAAUGCUAGUGAGAACAGCCCACUAUCUCGGGAGCUAUGCGAUGGGACAAUGUGUAAUGAGGUGGAGAGCUCCAUGAACCAAUGGACAGGCUUUGCCCCCUCUGGUUCUUGCAGUGGAGGAUUUUCCUGUCCGGACCAGGAUCACUUUGAACGCUGCAUGUGCUACAGAGAUUGUGGAUAUGAUGGAGAUCCUGUGUGUGGGUCAGACGGCAAUAUUUAUCAAAACCAGUGCCAGAUGGAAGUGGCAGCCUGCAGAAAUAAUACAAGAAUUGAGCGUGUGGCCAUGUCUCAGUGUACCAUGGAAGAUGAAUUAACUGAAGUUGAAACAGGCAUUCCAGUGGUUAAAGAAGAGGAAGCACCGAAAACGGGUAAAAUGCACUAAAAAAAAUGC